AUGUUUUCAGUAAACGGUGCCAGUACCUACCAGUACCUACCAGUACCUACCAGUACCUACCAGUACCUACCAGUACCUACCAGUACCUACCAGUACCUACCAGUACCUACCAGUACCUACCAGUACCUACCAGUACCUACCAGUACCUACCAGUACCUACCAGUACCUACCAGUACCUACCAGUACCUACCAGUACCUACCAGUACCUACCAGUACCUACCAGUACCUACCAGUACCUACCAGUACCUACCAGUACCUACCAGUACCUACCAGUACCUACCAGUACCUACCAGUACCUACCAGUACCUACCAGUACCUACCAGUACCUACCAGUACCUACCAGUACCUACCAGUACCUACCAGUACCUACCAGUACCUACCAGUACCUACCAGUACCUACCAGUACCUACCAGUACCUACCAGUACCUACCAGUACCUACCAGUACCUACCAGUACCUACCAGUACCUACCAGUACCUACCAGUACCUACCAGUACCUACCAGUACCUACCAGUACCUACCAGUACCUACCAGUACCUACCAGUACCUACCAGUACCUACCAGUACCUACCAGUACCUACCAGUACCUACCAGUACCUACCAGUACCUACCAGUACCUACCAUUUUUGAGCGAACUAUAAACAAAAGUAUGAGCAAGCAGUGA